UACUUUGCCGAAAACCCCGCUCCACCAUCCCUCGCAACAGCAAAAAAGCAAUUAGACGACUUCAUCUCCACCCACGUCGCACAAAAUCGUCGCGUAGUUCUCAUCACCUCCGGCGGCACAACCGUCCCCCUCGAACGCAACACCGUCCGCUUCCUCGACAACUUCUCCGCCGGAACACGAGGAGCCUGCUCAGCGGAAUACUUUUUAAAGGCGGGAUACGCAGUGGUGUUCUUGCAUAGACAGUGGAGUUUGUUACCGUUUGCGCGGCACUACACGCACUCCCGUAACUUCUUCUUGGGACACAUGAGCGAGACCGCAGACGGCGGAAUCGAGAUCGAGGAUGAUUACGCAAAGACACUUCUCCCAAUCCUCCGCGCAUACAAGAAAACCCAAAAAGAAGGAACGUUGCUUAUGAUCCCCUUCACGACCGUAUCAGAAUACCUACAUUUGUUGAGGGAAGCAGCGAUGAGUAUGAGGCCCGUGGGCGCGAAUGGGGUGUUUUAUCUCGCUGCUGCCGUUUCGGAUUUUUUUGUGCCGUCGAGUGAGAUGAGUGAACACAAAAUCCAGAGUGGGGAUGCGGAUAGUAUGGCGACGCCCGUAACUGGUGCUCCGAGGGGCAAGACGCUGAAUUUGCAUCUUUCGCCUACACCCAAAUUUCUGCAUCAUUUGAUUUCGACGUGGGCGCCGACACCGGCAUUGGUCGUUUCGUUCAAGCUAGAAACCGAUCCAGGGAUUUUAUUGGCGAAAGCGAAACAGGCGCUGAGGCGGUAUGGACAUCGACUCGUUAUCGGGAACCUCUUGAAAACCAGGAGUUGGGAGGUCGUUUUCGUAGAAAACGGCCAGGGUGGAAAG